UACUUGUACAGGUCUGCUCAUGCGCACUAUCCCCUGCGCCAUUUUGAAUUCCCACACGUGUAUUCAAGUUUCGUACAGUCCCUUUUAAAAUAACGUACAAAAAUGGUUUCUUUGAAUCCAGUAUCGAUUUUGAACCAAGGAGCCGAGGAAGAGAGGGCAGAAACUGCUCGUUUGUCUUCAUUUGUAGGUGCCAUAGCUAUUGGUGACCUCGUCAAAAGUACCCUUGGUCCUAAAGGAAUGGACAAAAUUCUUCAAUCUUUUGGUCAAAAUGGUAACAUUCAAGUGACAAAUGAUGGCGCUACCAUCCUCAAGUCUAUUGGAAUUGAUAAUCCUGCCGCUAAGAUCCUUGUCGAGUUGUCCAAAGUACAAGAUGAUGAAGUGGGAGAUGGUACCACAAGUGUUACUGUUCUCACUUCUGAAUUGUUGAAGGAAGCAGAAAAACUUGUUUCCUGUAAGAUACACCCACAGACCAUCGUUGCUGGGUGGAGAAAAUCAGUAAAAGCUGCAGAGAAAGCCUUGGAAGCUGCCGCCGUGGACCACAGUAGCGACCCAGAGAAGUUCCGUGAGGACCUGAUGAACAUUGCUCGCACAACGCUCAGCUCCAAGAUCCUAGUGCAGCACAGAGAUCACUUUGCCAAGCUGGCUGUUGACGCAGUACUGCGCCUCAAGGGAAGCGGUGACCUGAACGCCAUUCAGAUUAUCAAGAAGUUGGGUGGAGGGAUGGUUGAUUCCUUUCUUGAUGAAGGAUUUUUAUUGGACAAAAAGAUCGGUGUCAACCAGCCCAAGAAGAUUGAGAAUGCGAAAAUACUGAUUGCAAACACACCAAUGGAUGCAGAUAAGAUCAAGGUGUUUGGCUCUCGUGUCCGAGUUGAUUCCACUGCUAAGAUCGCAGAUCUUGAAAUGGCAGAAAAGCAAAAAAUGAAGGAAAAAGUUGAAAUGAUAAUCAAGCAUGAUAUUAAUUGCUUUAUAAACAGGCAGCUGAUCUAUAAUUACCCAGAGCAGUUGUUUGCUGACGCUGGAGUGAUGGCCAUAGAGCAUGCCGACUUUGAGGGUGUGGAAAGACUGGCACUCGUCACAGGGGGUGAAAUAGUCUCCACUUUUGGCCGCCCUGAUCUGGUCAAGCUUGGGACAUGUAAGAAGAUUGAAGAGGUCAUGAUUGGGGAAGAUAAGCUAAUCCAUUUCUCUGGGUGUGCUCUGAACGAAGCGUGUACGGUCGUCAUCCGCGGCGCAACUCAGCAGAUCCUCGACGAGGCAGAGAGGUCACUCCAUGACGCACUGUGCGUGCUCACCCAGACAGUCAAGGAGACAAGGACGGUCAAUGGUGGAGGGGCAUCAGAGGUUCUGAUGGCACAUGCAGUCUCUCAGCUUGCCGCUAAGACGCCGGGUAAAGAAGCAGCUGCCAUGGAGUCUUUUGCCACUGCACUCAGACAGUUGCCGACAAUCAUUGCUGAUAAUGCUGGUUAUGACAGCGCUGACUUGGUUGCCAAACUCCGUGCAGCACAUACACAAGGGAAGAACACAUACGGACUGAACAUGGUUAAUGGUACUGUCGGCGACAUGCGUGAUCUCGGCAUCACUGAGUCGUACCAGGUCAAGCGCCAGGUGCUGCUCUCUGCCGCUGAGGCCGCUGAGAUGAUCGUACGAGUCGACAAUAUUGUCAAAGCCGCACCAAGGCAACGAGGAGGUGACCAGUGUCACUAGACGAUUCCUAGACACCUCACAGAAGUGAACCAUGUAUAGUCGCGACUCCAUCAAUACAUGUGCUCACAGGUUGCUGGAUUCAAGGAGACAUGAUACAAUCGAACAUUGCAUUACUGUUUGAAUGAUUUAUUUAUGAUAGAGGGUUCUCUCUUUGGGCAUGAAAUCACCCUUUUAUAGGGAGACACAGUUAUCAGCCAAAAUGCACAUUAUGUGUAGUAACUACACUAACUAUACACAUAUUUCAAUUAGGGUUCACCAAAAACUGGUAUUGGACUCUGUUUUUUCACAAGUUUUGGUGAACCUUUUUUAUAACCUGGUCAAUGAACUGAACUAUUUAGGUAUUUUUAUUAAUUCUUAUUUCAAAUAAGUUACACUCCUAGAAUCCAUGUGUCAUGGCCCACAAUGCUUCAUAAGUAUCAAUUAAAGCAAAAAUGUGUAAGUAAAAACAAAUCCAGGUUAGAAAAGUUGUAGGUUUUUUUCUCUGUGUCUUUUAAGGCUUGCGUGGAUUUCAGAGACCAGGAUUCUGCUAUUAAUACAUUACCCAUGAACCACUGUGGGUUAGGACACACAGAUUCUCAAGUUUGACAUAAGUGAAUAAGUGAUACCAUAAAAGUCUUUGAGCUUUGUUGUCCUACAUGAAAGCUUGGAGUAACAAAAUCAGAUAAAAUGACAGUGCACGGAUACCUCAUUGUGUUUAAAUAUGUUUACACACAAUUAUCUUAUUUACUAGUGGUGAAUCCAGUAGAUGUUCAUUGGUACAAUUAAGAGCACCCCCUUCUCUAGCCAAAAUAUUCGUCACAAUCCUGUAGUGUUUUUAUAAACCUGCGAAAAGUGUAAAAGUCAAGGUAGCAGUGCUAAAUAAGCUAUAUAGCGUAUUGCACAGGCUUAUGAAAAACAUCAUGGCUUGUUUUGACUUUGUUACAGUAUAGAUGUUUUAACAUUAGCCACCAUGGGUUUGUUUAGUUUGGCAAUCUUCUUGAAAAGGCUCCCAUACUUGUUGAGAAAAAUAUGAAUGAACGUAGCGUGCAAUUACGAGGUUGUGAAUAAAGUGAUGGUAGUGUGACAA